AUGGCUUUCACUGACUUCUCUAAGAUUGACACUGUCAAGGAAUUGAACACUGUUUUGGGUGAAAAGUCCUACGUUGAAGGUACUUCUGCCACUCAAGCUGAUGUUGAAGCUUACAAGGCUUUCAGAACCGCUUACCCAAACUUCUCUAGAUGGUUCAACCACAUCGCUGCCAAGGCCGAUGAAUUCGACUCCUUCCCAGCUGCUUCCGGUGCUUCCGCUGCCGCUGAAGAAGAAGACGACGAUGACGUCGACUUGUUUGGCUCUGACGACGAAGUCGAUGAAGAAGCUGAAAAGUUGAAGGCUCAAAGAUUGGAAGAAUACAACAAGAGAAAGGCUGCUAAGGGUCCAAAGCCAGCUGCUAAGUCUAUUGUCACCUUGGAUGUCAAGCCAUGGGAUGACGAAACCGACUUGGAAGAAAUGCUUGCCAACACCAAGGCUGUCCAAAUGGACGGUUUGAACUGGGGUGCUCACCAAUUUAUCCCAAUUGGUUUCGGUAUCAAGAAGUUGCAAAUCAACUGUGUUGUUGAAGACGCCAAGGUUUCUUUGGAUGACCUACAGCAAGCUAUCGAAGACGACGAAGACCACGUCCAAUCCACCGAUAUCGCUGCUAUGCAAAAGUUGUAA